UCCUCCCUCCUGUCCUGGUUCCUAGACAGACAGAAAUCCCUACAGAGUGUCCUAUUGUAGACGACUACAGCCAUUCUAUCCCCGAGAACACCAUCUUCCCCGCCGGCAUCGAGCCACAGAGCAACUACAUCCCAGAGACCCCUCCUCCUGGGUAUCUGAGUGAGGAUGGAGAGGCUAGCGACCAGCAUCUCAACAACCUGAUGGACACAGGCUCACCUAGUAACCUGUCACCAGAAUCAUCCUCACCAACACACAGCACUAACCUGGACCUACAGCCGGUAACGUACUGUGAGUCAGCGUUCUGGAGCUCUAUGUCCUAUUAUGAGUUGAACCAGCGUGUGGGCGAGACCUUCCAUGCCUCCCAGCCCUCUCUCACUGUCGACGGGUUUACAGACCCCUCCAACUCAGAACGCUUCUGUCUGGGACUACUGUCCAACGUCAACCGCAAUGCUGCCGUGGAGCUCACACGCAGACACAUAGGCCGGGGUGUGAGGUUGUACUACAUCGGAGGAGAGGUGUUUGCAGAGUGUCUUAGUGACAGUGCCAUCUUUGUCCAGAGUCCCAACUGUAAUCAACGCUACGGCUGGCACCCUGCCACUGUCUGCAAGGUCCCUCCAGGCUGUAACCUGAAGAUAUUCAACAACCAGGAGUUUGCAGCUCUGCUGGCCCAGUCAGUGAACCAGGGCUUUGAGGCUGUCUACCAGCUCACCAGGAUGUGUACCAUACGCAUGAGCUUGGUCAAGGGCUGGGGCACCGAGUACAGGCGACAGACCGUAACCAGCACCCCUUGUUGGAUUGAGCUGCACCUCAAUGGCCCCCUCCAGUGGCUGGAUAAAGUACUGACACAGAUGGGCUCCCCCAGCAUCCACUGUUCUAGUGUCUCCUAAAUACACGCACACAGGUGCGCGGACAGAACAGUCAUUCUGGACAAGUACCUUUUCUCUCAUGGCUAACUUACGAGGACGUUUG